GAGUAAGAGGAGUCAGGUCUCUCCCUUGGUGCUGCUGUAGAGCCUUUCGCCCCGCUGUUAGCUGCGCGGGGUGUAGCUCUCGGUCUCCGCGGGUUGCACUGUGGUGGUACCUGGAGAGCAGUGCGAACUUGUUGCGCCGAUCGUUGUCGCCCCCUCCCCUGAUACGAGGGCUGCUUGCAUUGAGCAGCUCCCGUCAUGGGGGACGUUUCUGAAAAUUACUUACUUAAGUUAAGUGGCUUCAUCCUGUACUCUCUGCGUUGGUUGCAUGCCCCAGACGAUGGCAUGUUUGGUUUAAUUUGGCAUUACCUAUACAGCUCCUUUCUAAGGUCUUGGGUGAAGUGGAUUUUACGGAAGAUCACUGGAAGAUGUGAACUGCAACGCAUUUGUGCUAAUACUGUUCAAGGAGCAGAUCGAACAAUGAGAAUAGAAUAUUCCUUGGAAUCCUCCAGAAGUGAAAUUUUAAAGGCCGCAGUAACCAUUAAUAAGGAAAAUGUGGAGAACAGAGUUCAUGAGAUAAUGAAGAUCAAAAAUGUUUCCACUCAGAAAGAUCCAAAAUUCAAGUUAAGUUUACAGACUUGCUUGCUUCAAAUCACCGGCUUUAAGAAACUCUACAUUGAUGUUGAAAACCUUCGCAAGCAGCCUUUUGACUCUUCAAACAAGCAACAUGAAGAUAUGCUAAUAAAGCUGUGGAAAUUGUUGAUGCCUCAUGUACCCCUGGAAUCAAGAAUCACCAAGCAAUGGGGUGAUAUUGGUUUUCAAGGUGAAGAUCCUAAAACUGACUUCAGAGGCAUGGGAAUGCUGGGGUUGCAUAAUUUAGUGUUCUUUGGGGAACAUUAUCCAGAAAUAGCACGCCAGACUCUCUCUCAAUCAAAUCAUCCCAAAAUAGGAUAUUCCUAUGCUAUUGUUGGAAUAAAUCUCACUGAAAUGGCUUAUAGUAUGCUAAAGACUGGGUUGUUAAAAUCUCAUCUUUACAACUUGGUUUCUGGGACUCCUCAGUUGCGUCACUUUCAUGAGUUUUAUUGUUAUCUGAUGUAUGAGUUUAAUCAGUUCUGGUUCAAGGAGGAACCAUCCAGCAUUAUGGAAUUCAACUACUACAGAGAACAAUUUCACAAAAGGGUAAAAGAGCUCCUGAUAGAUUCCAACAUAGUACUUACCCUGAAAGCAAAUAGACAGUAAAAUGCAUGAAACCCAUGAAGUAUCACUUAGGAUUAAUUGAACAAAGUGAGUUCAUGCAGUGGAUCUGUAGUCUCUCAGUGGAUUUGUUUCUUUUAAAUAGAAACCUAUCAACAUUAUGUGACUGAAAUUUAGAAUAAAUCCUUUUUCAAUAUACAUAUAUUAAAAUUGUUUCAAGGUGCCUUGUGUUUGAUAGCACAGAUAUGGAUAAUUAUGGUGUGAUCCAGAAUGCAGUAAUGGAAGUGGUAUUCUUAUUGAAGCAAAUAUUGAAAUGUAUUUAAAUUUGAGUGAUUUUUCAGUUUUACUUUUGAGGACAGCCACUUAAAAAUAUACCCACUUAAAAAUAUUACUACAGUUUCCUUUGCUGUUAAUAAGAGAGCUUGAUAAAUGUGUCUAAAUUUUUUAAUUAUUUCUGAUUUUUUUUUUACUGCAUUAAUGUCUUGGGCUUAUUUGGACUAAUUACAAGACUGUGAUCUCAACGACUGAGAGCAAAACUUGUUAGAUUUCUCAUAUGAAAUUUUCAGUUGAGAUUACUGCUUUAGAAACUAUUCCAUGUGGUUUUUCAUGAUUUAAAAAUACAUCUUAGAAUUUAAAAAUACAUCUUAGAAUUGGAUAGAAAACAGGUGGCAUGUUAAACCCCACCAGAGCAUUUCCAUGUAUGUUAAGAAUGGGUUAUCACUUGUAUAUGCUGUAAAUCUAAAUUUUCCAGCAAUAAUCUGUUUUAAUCUGACAGGAGUUUAUGUUUUAAAAGUCCUGUGUAUUACAUAGUUAUUAAUUGCAGAUAAAUUUGUAAACUAAUCUUUCUAUUGGAGCAUCAUUAGCUGUCAAUUACACGGAGCUAUGACCAAGUUCAAGUUGUUGACAAUCUUGUACUAUUGUGGAGGUCCUCAAGAAAUAAGAAUUAUCUGCUAAUAAUGGUAUUCACCAUGACUUUCCACAAAGACAAAUUAAGUACACCAAAAAAUAAUUAAAAAUUAAUUUCAGUGGUUGUCGGUGGAGAUUUUUAAAAGGGGCACAAGAACAAUAAAUUAUUUUGUGAUUUGUUUUUUGUCGUUUUGAGCCUCCUCUCACUCAGGAUGGCAGCAGCAGGUGAUGUUUUUUCAUGCACCUUUCCUGCUUUUUAUUGAGGAUUGCUUAUUGGUGUAUGACCACCAGUCAGAUGUUUUGUAUUUAUUACUGGUGUGAUUAAUCUAGAUAAUGCAUUUAUACUUGAAUGUUGAUUUAGUUUAUUGGAUGAGAUACUUCCUACCAUUAAAAGAUGCUCUGUUUAAAGUUUAUAUAGAUUUGUACCAGAUGGCUCUCCAUAUAGGUGGAAGGGUAGAACUUAUUUUAUGAACUUCUGCUCAAUUAAAAUUAUACCUGCAACAG